AUGAUGACAGUUGCGAACUCUUUCUUACACUUGGCAAGACCACUCGGUCCAGCUAUCGUUGGAUCGCAACCAAGCACUGCUCCACUGAACGUUGUCAUACAGCCCCAAGCAAUAUUCGCAAUACUAGAUCACUCUCUUCGUCGCAAUGCAGAUCAGGAGCGUGUCAUAGGCACCUUGCUCGGUACCCGCAGCGAAGAUGGUACGGAAGUCGAGAUUCGCAACUGCUUUGCCGUGGGUCAUACAGAGACGGCGGAGCAAGUCGAAGUCGACAUGGAUUACCAGAAACAGAUGCUAGCCCUACAUCUGAAAUCAAAUCCUAAAGAAAUUCUUGUUGGUUGGUAUGCGACCUCUGCUGAGCUCAAUACUUUCUCCGCCUUGAUCCAAAACUUCUACGGCGGUCAGGGCGAGGGAACGUGGCCACAUCCGGCGGUUCACCUCACCAUCAGUACAGAACCAGGCAAAGAGAUUGAAGCUCGGACAUACAUAUCUGCACCUGUUGGCGUGACAGCCGAGAGAGCUGCGGAUAGUGCCGCAUUUACACCGGUUCCGUAUGACAUACGGUAUGGAGAAGCAGAAAAGAGUGGGUUGGAAUUGAUUUCGGGAGCGAAAGACAAUGACGAUAGGACCGCUGCCGUCCUUUCAGACAUUGAGUCUUUGGAACGAGCCGUGGAAGAAGUUUUGUCGAUGCUAGAGAGAGUAUCUAAAUAUGUUGAAGCGGUAAUUGAAGAAGAAACACCUCCAAGCAGUACUCUUGGCCAGUUUCUUCUGAACGCCUUAGCUUUAGCGCCAAAAGUGAAUCCUGAGGAUAUUGAGCGGGAUUUUAACAAUCACAUCCAAGACGUACUUGUCGCUUCAUACCUCGCAAAUACGAUACGAACACAAAUCGACCUUUCUAACAGACUAGCUACAGCCGCGCUGACUUUAGGUGCUGGGGAUGGUCUUGGAGGACAGGGUGGAUUAGCUGACGGGAACCAAAGAGGUGGCCAGCGAGCAGGGAGAGGAGGUCGUGGUGGAGGUGGUGGUGGUGGUGGAGGAGGCCGAGACCAAUGA